AUGGCGCCCAACAUUGUUGUCUCCCGGCCCACGUUCCCGACCUACCUCCUCCCCAGCUUCAACAUCAUCCCCUUCCGCCGCCGCCGGACCUCAUCGGCUUCGACCCCGGCCUCGACCCCAGACGCGAGCCAGGUCCCCUCCCUGAGCUCCUCGCCGACCUCGUCAACGACCGAUGAGACCGCGACCCCGCCAAAUAGCCCGCCGCCGCCGUCAUACCAAGAUGCCACCACAACCAGCGUCCCAGAUCUCCGGUCCAAAUCUAAACCCACCCGCUCAUCCCUGGCGCGCACCCAGCCAGACACCCUCCGCUGCUCAACCUGCUCCUGCGACAUCGCCUUCUCCUCCCAAAUCGUAAGCAAAGGCUUCACAGGCCGCUAUGGCCGCGCCUACCUCAUCGCGCCGAGCCCUCCGCCCACCCACGGCGCAGCAGGAGCAGCAGCAGCAGCAGCAGCAGCUACAACCAACAACAAUAGCAAAAACAAGGGAAGCCUCGCCAACGUCCGCUUAGGAAAAUGCGAGAACCGCCAGCUCGUCACGGGGUGGCACGUGGUCGCGGACAUCACCUGCGUCCUCUGCAGCGCCAAGCUGGGCUGGAAGUACGUCGACGCAAAGGAGCUCAGUCAAAAGUACAAGGUUGGCAAGUUCAUACUCGAGGUCGAGCGCGUCGUGCCGUUUCGCAGCUGGGAGAACGUCGAGGACGAGUACUACCGCCAAGAUGACGGCGACGUAUCCGAGGACGAUGAAACCGGAGAGGACGAAGAAGGCGGAGGAGGUGCCAGGGACGAGGACGGUGUGGACCGGACUAGUAAAGAUGGCAGCGGCGAUGAUGGUGCUGGAAGCGCUCGCAAGGAAGCAUCGGACAGCGAGGAGGUGGAGGUUGUGUUUGACUCAGAGGACGAGGACGAUCUCGAGGACAUGUUCUCUGGAAAUUGGGAUCCAGAGGUCGUGGCAAAGAGACGGAGCCGCCGAGUGGCGACGGCGCGGAAGAAGUAG